UGUUUCCUUGUACGUUUUUUAAAUAGUUGUUUAAUUUAAUAUUUUCUAUCCAAUUAUUUAUGCCUUGUCUCUGGAUUGAUUCAUUUCUGGACUGAAUAAUGUAUUAAGUGACCUUGGCCUUGGAAAUUUACAAUCGAAAUGGACACUAAGGAGUCUUCAGAGUUAAAGAAACUACUUGUAAGCAAGGAAAAUGUUCCAUCAGCAUCAGCACCCAAGAGGAAAUGUGAUUCCACAACUCCAAAAGUUGAAUCUCGUUCUGUGGGUGUUCAAACUGUUCAAUCAGUUAAAUGCAAUGUACGAACUGCAGAUAAAAGUACAAACUACGAUAGCCUAAAACUAAAGAAAUCACAAUCAACGGAUACUGAGACACCUGAAAAACCAUCUUUAUGUGGUGCGACAUCACAGACAGGAAUGGAAUCUGCAGACAGUCUCACCGAGAACAAUUUACAGCAACGGCAAUUCUUUAUGGACCUGAUUUAUAAUAGUCCAAAAGAAUAUUUAGGCAUUCCAAAGCAAUUCCAGUGGGUCCUCAAAUAUAUUUGUGAGCAAAACCAAAAUAUACUAUCAGAACUCACUCUCAUUAUAACACUUUCUAAGAUAAAGCAAAAUGGAUCCUUGAGAGAUAUCAGUGUCCAGUUUGAGAUACCUUCAUCUGAAAUAACCAACAUGUUUGUAAAAGGCAUAGAAUGUCUUGCAAACUUCUUCCAAAACCUGAUCUAUCUACCUGCACCGGAUCAAAUACAAGCACAACUGCCACAUGAGUUUAAAGUAAGAUAUCCCAAUGUGCAGUGCAUAUUAAAAAGCCUUGAGAUAGAAAUUAAAACAUCACCAGACCCACUGCACCAAGCACAAACCUGGUCAGAAGAAAAAUAUGGUAGCACAUUAAAAUAUUUGAUUGGAUGUACACCCAAUGGGUUUGUGGCUUUUGUCUCCAAAGGUUAUGGAGGUGGAAUUUCUGACAAAGAUAUUUUGGAGAGGAGCAAUUUAACAAACAUUUUGCCCCUUAAUGCUGUAGUUAUGACAGAAUGGCAGAAAAAUAGUUUUGUAGGUGUUGAAAGUUAUUUGAUGACAAAAGGUGUGAGGCUCCUUCGUCCAAACCAUCCUGGCAUUAACUCUAGCACUGAACCUGCACAAGAACAGGUUGCCCAAGCAAAAGCUAUCGAAUUUUUAAGAGUACAUCUUGAGAGGAUGACAAAGCGAUUGAGACGGUUUGGAAUGUUGUCCGAAGUCCGCUCCAAGUAUAUAGGGUAUAUGGAUCACGUCCUAAUAAUAGCUUGUGGAUUAGUAAAUUUACAGGCAACAUUGACAAAAAAUAAGUAAUUACAUGAAAUAUUGUU